GGCAGGGAGGCAGGCAGUCAUCACCAGAGGAUCAACGCAUCACAACCCAACACAGCAACGGCUGAAACUUGAUCUGUCAACCAUGAGGAUCAUCAGUAUCGGUCCAGACCCAUCUCUGGCAUAUCGGCCAAAUUUAGAGACGAGUAAGACCAAAGAGAAGGAAGACUACAGAAACUUUGAGAGUGGAAGUCUAUUCGACCGUGUCUUCAACACUUACAGCCUGAUGCACACCUACCAAACAGUGGAGCUUGUAAAACAAAAGCACUCUAAAUGGACCGGCUGUAACCACACACAGAUGGGGAUGAUGGAUGCAAUCAUGUCUCUAGACCAGCUUGUGGAUGAGUCUGAUCCAGAUGUGGACUUCCCCAACUCUUUCCACGCCUUCCAGACUGCUGAAGGCAUCCGCCAAGCACACCCAGACAAGGAAUGGUUCCAGCUGGUGGGUCUAAUCCAUGAUGUUGGAAAAAUCAUGGCUCUCUGGGAUGAACCGCAGUGGGCUGUGGUGGGCGACACUUUUCCUGUGGGUUGCAAAUUUCAAAACUCCAUUGUGUUCAGAGACAACACCUUCCUGAAAAAUCCAGAUGACAAAAAUCCCAAAUACAACACUGAACAUGGAAUCUAUGAACCAAACUGUGGCCUUGACAAUGUCCUCAUGUCCUGGGGCCAUGAUGAGUAUCUCUACAGAGUUAUGAAGUUCAAUAAGUGUCCCAUCCCAGAGGAGGGUUUGUAUAUGAUUCGCUUCCAUUCUUUCUACCCCUGGCACUCCCAUGGAGAUUACACGCACCUGUGCAAUGAUAAAGACUUGCACAUGCUGACCUGGGUCAAAGAGUUCAACAAAUUUGACCUGUACACAAAAACCACUGAUCUGCCUGACAUCAGCAAGCUGAAGGUGUACUACCAGUCUCUGAUUGACAAGUACUGUCCUGGAAUUCUGAAGUGGUAAAGUCCAAAAAGAAGAAGAAAAAAAAGAAAAUUUACAGAAACACUGUUAGAAAACAACUCAUAAUUAUAAUUAAGUAUUGCUUUACCAUAAGAUUAUAGUUGGACUUACUGUCUCCUGUAUACACAGUUUAGUUAUUACUGAAUACUCAAAAUAUACCCUGGA